AGCUCGACAUGAAGACAGCACCUGGCUGGUUCUCAGCCCUUUUCACAGGGCACUUCUGCCCGUCCUGCUCUUCUGUCGAUGCUUCUGGGUAGCGCUGACCCAAACCGCAGCUGGAAUUCCUUCCCUUCCUAAUUUAAACUAAAGCUCUGCCAUGCAGAGGAGGCACACACGGGCAUGUCUGGAGCCCUGCAGCUGCUGUUUGCCGUGCUUGAAGCACACGCGUGUGCUGCAGCACUUCGGCACAGCCCCUGCAGCCAGCCUUGGUGCUCCCUUGCCAGCUGCAAGCACGGCUGCCGCAGGCUGGUGCCUUGCCUUCCUCCCCGUGUGCCGAUGGAGGAGGCGAGGGCCGUGCCGUCCCAGGCGCUGUGCCAUGGCUGCGAGGGGCGCAGGCUGCGGGAUUUGCCCUGGGGACCUUGCAGGGGGGAGCCUGGGGGGGAGCGGGGCUGGCACAGGGCAAGUGCUGCCCCCAUCCUGUUUCUCUUGAUGGGCAGGUGCUGGCAAUUAGGAAGGAUCCUAAAUUAGAAGGUGCGCUGUCUGGGCUUGUUCCGCAGCCCGCGAUGCGGUCGAUGCAGCGCUGCAGCCCGCUCCACCCAGCGCUGCUGCGGGCAGGGGCUGGCAUCGGGGGAUGCGACCCCAUGGCAGGGGCGAGUGGGGGGAGCACGGGGCAGAGCCUGGGGCCCCCGGCAGCACCCACAAGGAGGGGCGGCGAGGGGUGGUGUGAUGGCUCCUGCUGCUUUCGGAUGGUCCCAGGGGUGCCCUGCAGCCACACGGCUGCCACAUGGGGAAAGCUGGCUGGUGGACCCAUGAGUGGGACGUGGGUCUCGGCCACAGCACUUGUUAGAGACGGUUCCUGCCUGCGUCUGUGGCACAGAAGACACGGAGAGAACCACGUCAGGGCCAGGGGAAGGUGUCUGCCUGGGGAGAUGUGGCCAGAAUGACCAAGGCAUAAGGGGGAGCUGCUGCGGAGAGGUGCAGGUGGGCAGUGCCGUCCCCCUCCCUGGCUGCCCUGCAGAUGCUGGGACAGGUUUUGGGAGAACUUUGCAAACGCUGCAGGGAAGUGUUGAAAGCUCUCAUUGGCGCGGUGUUGCAAAACCCUCCUCGGGCUCCUCUUCAAACGCACCCAAAUCCCAUGGGCCGUCCUUUCUGCUGGGACUCACCUUUCCUGCUCAGCCAGAAGCUGUUGCCUCCUACCCGGCUGCAGCCCAGAGAGCAGGUCCUGCUGCCUUGCCGCCCUGCUCCCGAGCAGAGACACGGCAAGAGAAGGAUUUCUGGGGGCAGCCCCAGAGCUCGCUGAUCGCAUCUGUCCGAGUCCCACGGCAGCGGAGGCGCCAUGUGGCCUGGGUGUGCCAGCGUCCUGGGCUGGCUCCUGCUGCUGCAGGCAGCACCGCCCGUGGCAGGCGGCCGGCCCUGUAAUGCCAAGGACUUCGGGCACGGCUCGCUGGUGUGUGCCUGCAGCGCCGCGUACUGCGACACGCUGGACCCCGUGGUGCUGCCGGCCCCGGGCACCUACGUCAAGUACGAGAGCAGCAAGGCCGGCAAGCGGCUGGAGCGCAGCGAGGGGAGCUUCCAGAGCAAUGCAGAGACCCCAGAUUUCCACCUCACUCUGGACACGGCGCAGCGCUACCAGAAGGUGAAGGGCUUUGGAGGCUCCGUCACGGACUCAGCUGCCAUAAACAUCCAGUCCCUGUCCAAGGAGGCUCAGAGCCAUCUGCUCCGCUCCUAUUUCUCUGAGGAAGGCAUUGAGUACAACCUCGUGCGCGUCCCCAUGGCCAGCACCGAUUUCUCUGUGCGUCUCUACACCUAUGCUGACGCGGAGGGUGACUUUGAGCUGAAGCACUUCAACCUGACGGAGGAGGACACGCGGAUGAAGAUCCCGAUCCUCCAGGCUGCCCAGGCAGUAGCCAAGCGUCCCCUGUCACUGUACGCCAGCCCCUGGACAUCCCCAGUCUGGAUGAAGACAAACGGUGCCAUGACGGGGAGGGGGACACUAAAGGGAAACCCAGGGGACAAGUACCACAAGGCCUGGGCCAAAUACUUCAUCCGGUUCCUGGAUGAAUACGCCAAGCACAACCUGACCUUCUGGGCUGUGACAGCAGGGAACGAGCCCACGGCCGGCGAGAUCGUCUUCUACCCCUUCCAGUGCUUGGGCUUCUCCCCGGAGCACCAGCGGGAUUUCAUCGCGCAGGACCUGGGCCCUGCGCUGGCCAACAGCUCCCACCGCCACGUCCAGCUCAUCAUCCUGGAUGACCAGCGCGUGAUGCUGCCCUACUGGGCUCAAGUGGUUCUCAAAGACCCCGUGGCCGCCAGCUACAUCAGCGGCAUCGGCAUCCACUGGUACCUGGACUUCCUGGCGCCCAUCGACCUCACCCUCUCCAUCACCCACCACCUCUUCCCCAAUUACUUCCUCCUCUCUACGGAGGCCUCCACUGGCUCCUACUUCUGGGAGCCCCGGGUGGUGCUUGGCGGCUGGGACCGCGGGAGCAAGUACAGCCACAGCAUCCUCACGGACCUCAACAACUACGUUACGGGCUGGACAGACUGGAACCUGGCGCUGGACCUUCAGGGGGGCCCCAACUGGAGCAAGAACUACGUGGACAGCCCCGUCAUCGUGGACAGCAGCAAGGACGUCUUCUACAAGCAGCCCAUGUUCUACCACAUGGGGCACUUCAGCAAGUUCAUCCCUGAGGGCUCGCAGCGCGUGGGGCUGGCUGUCUCCAAGAAGUGCCGCAGGUGUGAACUGGAGCACACGGCUUUCCUGCGCCCCGACGGCGCCGUGGUCCUGGUGGUCCUGAACCGGUCCCCCAUGGAUGUCUCCUUUGGGAUCUCAGACCCCAGGGUCGGCUUCAUUGAGGCCACAGCUCCCAGCGACUCCAUCCAGACGUUCCUGUGGAAGCAGCCGGCCUAGUAUGGCUGCGGUGGUCCCGGUGCCAGCAGUGCUGCUGGGGGGCUGCUUCACCCCCCUGGGGGCUCAAGGACGGUCCCCUGUAGCCCGGCACCACCCCAGGGGACCUGACCGAUCCACAGGCCACAACGCCUGCUGUUUUCUAGAUGUUUUCAUAAAAUAAAGAGGUUUUCUACAA